UUUUCAAUGAGCCCGUUUUGAUUACCUACCUACCUACCUACCUGCAUCUUUUGGCUCCUUCUGUCGCUGCUUGUGGUCUUUAUGCUAGCCGCCCUGUGUGCCUGGAUUUCCGCCAGUGACUGCAGUGAGGCCAGGCCGCUGUUUGUAGGCUCCUGUGUCAGUCAGGAGAGAUUUGAGCCUUUUUUGUUUGUGUCGUCAGUCAGUCAUUUUGGCAGACAGGUUAGGUUGGUACAUACAGGACAGACACGUGUACGUGUUGGCCGUCACCUCUCUCUCCCUCCGCUGUAUGAUCUGUGUACCGCUACUCACCUAUGGUGCAGGUACUGUCUCUACGUUUCUGCCUGGGUACGGAAGGAGAGAGAGGUGACACUCUGACCUUUUUGUAUAACGUGACUAGUCAGAAGGGCAAAAGGGAUGAACAGACAAGCUUGACAUGAUUGUUGCUUCAGGGCCGAUGAACCAACCUGGUCGAUCUCCGCAUGCAUCCAGCCUGGUCAGACAUUAAUUGUCGUUGCAUGUGUAGACAAAGACACGAAUAAAGGGGAAGCAGCAGCGCCAUUGCCGCCACAGCAACCUGGCAUGCAUUUUACGGCAUGCAGACUGGGGGUCUUGCGCGCUUAGCCCCCAUGGAGGAGUUCUUCGGGGGCAGUUGUCUAGCAAGGUCCACCACCAGCUGCUGAGUGCAACCUUGCAAGUUGGAGCCAUGAAUGGCAGGAACAACCAUGCCGGUGAGAGAGAACGGAGAGAACAACACCCACCGGAGAGAGCACACGCACCAGUGCUCUAGCUGCGCUUGCAAGAAUGUGUGCUUCCGCGCGUGUGUCUUAUCUGUGCAGGCCGCGUGCAGCACGUGGGCCCUCCCCGGCAGAGGAACGGAGGCAAGAAGAUGGUGAGGGCCCUGGCGACGCAGGACUCCCAGAACCGGCAGCCCGUCCGACUGGAGUUCCCGCCCGACACGCAGCUGCACGAGAUUGUCAUCCCAGCUUCGGACAUCGUGCAGCGCGUCGGGCAGGAUGAGGACGGCUCCUACGUCAUCACGACCGAGGCGGCCUCCAAGUUUGAUCUCACCACCAGCCAGGGCAGGCCGCCCAAGAAAGAGGCGUCCCCCGCCGCCGCUGCUGCCGCUGCUGUGUCCAUGGUGCCGCUGCCUGUGGUGCCGAUGAGGUCGGUGACCCCUCCUCCCGUUUUCGCGAGGCCUGUGAGUCCGCCGCCUCCACCUGCCAUGUCGUAUGUGCCGCCGCCUGUUGCCGCGUCGUAUACAGUUGCCCCGCCUGCGCCCAAAGUGAUGCGACCUCUGUCUCAGCCACCCCCCAGCCACGUGCUCGUCCCUCACCAGCCUGUGCCACAGCGCCCUGUCACUCCCCCCCCUGCUGCUCAGUACGUCCGGCCACCGAUUGCCCAGCCCAUUCAGGCUGUCCCUGUCGUUCCCAAGUUCGCCCCACAGCCGCCUGUGUUGAUUCAGCCGCAGACCUAUUUCGCGGCGCCCUCGCCCGCAUCCACUCCGUCCACCCCUCCGCCUCCCAAGAGAGUGAUCCACUACCGUGAGGCCUCACCGCACCCUCUUUCCCCUCCGCCGUCGCUUUUGAUGGUGCCCAAGGUCAAAGCCCCGCCGCCACAGAUGCAGAUGGCGGUGGGGGCGCCUGCGCCUUCGCCACCACCUGUGGUUGUGCACCAUCCGCCGGUGAGGACCAUGCCGCUGCCUGCAACCGUGCCCGCACCUGCCCCUGUCCUUGAGGGGCCGCUGCCGCUGCGAGUGGCCUCAAUGCUCGACAUUCUCGACCGGGACAUUGCCACGUAAGACAACAAGACGUAGCGUGAUGUGUCUGUCUCUUCUGUCUAUCUAUAUUUGUGUCUCUCUCCUUUUUUCCCAGGUUCAUGCAGCAGACGCACCAGAUGAACGUCUGCACCCAGACGGUGGAGGUGCAGUACGGCCAGAUGCACGGGCGGGGCGUCGACCCCCGUCUCGCCCACCAGGCCUUGCAGGCCGCCCAGCAGUGCGCCAACACCCUCGCCCGCAUCGCCCAGAACCUCCGCAAGGCCCAGCAGCUGCUCCACGAGUGGACGAGCGAGCUGCAGGCCAAGGACGCCGACACGCGCCGGAGGAUGGCGGAGGAUCUGGAGCGUCGGUGCGGCAAGGCCCUGGACACACUGAUUGCGACGUGUGAGAAGGAGUCGAGGGCGUCUAACGGCAGGCGUGAGCGGCCGCCGCCCAAGGAGGACUCGCCGGGCUUCUGGUCGCUCAGGCGUGUGCAGGACGAAGUGGAAAAGCUCAAGAACGUGAGAUCGGGAGACACAAGGGGACAAGGCCUAUGUUUCUCUCUCUCUCUCCUUUGCGUGCAGAUCAUCAUAGCCAUCAUCCGCAGCUCUGUCGGCGGCAUCCACGCCCCCGUGACGGUGACGGCCCCACUGCCACCCAGGCAGGUCAUCAGUGCGCCCGAGGACAGCCGUCUGCAGCAGGAGCUGGCGGCUCGGCUGCGGACCGUCGGAAACGAACUCAAGCGGGCCUCUGAUCAGCUGGAACAGUCGCGCAAGAAAGACAAAGAGGUCAGUCGGGCUCAAUGGAUGGAUGGAUGGAUGGAUGAGCACAUACACACACGGCCUUGCCAUGUUUGUCAGCUUGAGAGGACCUUGCAGCACGAGCGGAAGACGCACGAGGCUGAGUUGGCCCGCCUCGGCAAUGAGCUCCGUGAGGCCCGCUCCAAGACCCCUCCCAAAAGCCAAAUAGCGGGGGGCGACCAAGAAAUCGUCAGACGACUGCAGGCAAGUAGUACACUCCCUGGCGCCCAAGGGACACAUCACAUACGGGUGUGUAUGGAUGUGUGUGGGUGUGUGUAGCAAGAGCGUGACCAGUACGCUGACGAGGUGUCUCGUCUGCAGGUGGACCUGCACUACCUCAAGAAACAGAAGCCAGACGACUCUGACAGACGCAGGCUGGAGCGAAAGGCAAACGACCUGCAGGUCAGUCACCUCACCCCGGCCACCGAAGCAAACAGGGGAGGGAAGAGACCCUGUAUGUAUGUUGCUCGUCUGUCAGCGAGAGCGAGAUCAGCUGCAGGAACACGUCAUGAAGAUGCAGGCACAGGUUGGUCGACCACAUGUGGUCUGCCUCCAAUUGGGUUUGAUUGGCAAUCCAUAUAUUGCUGCAGUUUUCGAAAGGUCCCGGUCUGCAGAAUGAGGUGAACGGUCUGAGGCGGCUCAACACUGACCUCAUGGACACAAACAAGAAGCAACAGGCUGAAAUCACCAGACUCAGAUCGGAAGUCACAGUGAGUCACUGACAGAGACAGACAGAUCACACGACCCUCCGUGUGUGACUCACCUGCAUGUCGCUGUGCCAUCUUCUGACAGGGCGGCGAGAAGCGCGGCGGCAUUCGUCCCAUCUCUCGCCUGGACGAGGUGUGCAAACAAGCAUCAAAGACCAUCUGUCUCCUUCUGUCUCAGCAUUGGGUGUUGCUGUCAAUGCAUUGAACAAUGGCAUGUAUUGUACGCAGAUGGGGCCUGAAAUUCUGAGUGAGGUCAAAGGUGGGCGCAAGAGCGCGAGGCUGCGUGACGAGGACAUGGCUGAGAAGAUUCGGACGCUGCUCAAGGAGGUUGAGGAGCUCAAGAAACAAGCCAGCGCCAUGGAACGAGUGCGCGUCAGCAUACAGGUGGGUAUGUGUAUAGCGAGAGUGAGUGACGCCCACACUCCUGUAUGUAUCCGUUUGGCUGCAUGGCAUGUGUGCAGGCGGAGCGCGAUGCGGGUGUGGGCGACAAGGCCAGGCUGGAGAGAGAGCUGGCUAACCAACUCCAAGUCAACGAAGAGCUCAUGGUCAGCACUCCAGCAAUCGGGUCGUCAAAACGCUUCUGUCUGCCGCCCACAGGCUGACCGUAACAAGAUUCGUAAGGAGUUGGCGGAGCUCAAGGCCAAGGCCAAGGCGCAGAGAGUGGGCCGGGGCAGCUUCGCAUCACAGGGCAGCGACAACAUCUUCGCUGAACCUGACGACCUGCUCAAACCACUCAAGGUGUGUGACAGACAGACAGACAGACAGACAGAGAGCCAGCCACAUGAAGCAGGUCAUGCCCCAUAUUCACACAGGCUGAGAAUGAGGGGCUUCGCAUCGCCAAUGCCGAGCUCCGCGCCGAGCGAGACAAACAGGACGCGGCGCUGCGAGCCCUCAGAGACGAGAGGGAGGGCCUCGAACAGAGCCUGGCGAUGGAGCGGACGAGGGGCGCCGACGACAUGCACCGCCGCAUGGACGACCUUCUCGACCAGCUGGCCCAGAAGGACGCCGACAUCGCCGCCAAAGAGGAGGAACUCGCCGCUCGGGACGAGGAGCUUGCCACCAAGCAGCGCGCACUCGCCGCCAAACAACGCGAGAUCGAAGACCUCAAGGCACAGCUCAACGUAUGUAUGGUCUGAUGAAACCAAGACCGUACUGUAUGGUCGUGAUGAAUCUCGUCUCUGCUUUUGGCAGGAGUUGCCGGUGGUUCACGAGAAUCUGCAGCAGCUUCGAGGCGAGUUUGAGCAGGUGCGAGCGGCCAGCGCCACUGGCGCCAGGGAGGCAGCCGACGCGAACAAACGACUCCGGGAGGCGCAACAGAAUCUGCAAAACGCCGAAGAUAAAAUAAGCGACCUCCAGAGACAGCUGGAUGAAUUUGACAGGGUGCCUGAGUUACCAAUGCACCAAGCCAGACUUAGCAAUCGUUGCAGCUGCGUACACCGUUCUUGUCUGCCAGGACCGCGAGAAGGAGAUACUGCGCAAUGAGAUCGACGCUUUGCGCCGCAUCAAUCGUGAUCUCACGGCCGACAGCGAGCGCAAAGCCGAGGAGUGCCUCAAGAAAGACAGGGAAAUCGACAAGGUCAGCAGCAAGACAAAGACAGCUUCAGCGGUGUCAUGCCUCCUCCCUCUCUGUCUGUCGCAGCGUCUGGCACGGAUCAAGGAGCUCGAGGACGAACUGGACGACCUCAAGGAACGACUACGCGUAAGGAACCAUCCAUCCCCAAGUGGCACUCAACACGCGCGCGCAUACGUGCCUCUCUGUGCUCGACAACAAUCAAUCAAUCAGGGACUCCGCAACCUGCGUGCGCUCAAGACAGCGUCCGACGUGGAGGCUGACUUCCUGCGCCGCGGUAGCGACAGGUCGGUGCAGGAGAUGGGUCUGGAGAUCACUUCUCUCGCCGGAGAGAUCGAGCGCCUCAAGGAACAGAAAGCCGAGGUUGCGGCGCAGCGUGACCGGCUGCAGCGGGCCCUGGAGAAGGCCACCCAGGAGGGAGACGACUUACGUGAGAGCAACGCCGGCUUGGACUCACGCAUCAGGGCCCUCAAAAAGGACAAGAAGAAACUCGCUGAGGCCCUCAGACUCGCUGAAGAGCGCCUACAGGGCCUCACUGGCGAGGAGGAGGUGACAGUGGCCAAAGGGAGAGAGAAAGGAUGGCUCCGAGUGAUGUGUGCCUUGUGUGUGUGUGCAUGUGUGUGUGUGUGUGUGUGUGUUGAUCAGGAGAAGGCUGACAUGAUGCGUGAGCUGGAGGUUUCGAGCCUCAGGAGGCUGCAGACGGACUUCGAAGUCGAGAAUGAUCGCAAGGAAAAAGAAUUAGGUCAGCUACGCACACACUCAACCAUACAAUCCAGUGAGACAUGAUGCUCUUUGUGUGUGUGGUCAGGUCGUCGCACCACGGAGCUCGACAGGAAGGACGUCAUCAUUCUGGGGCUGGAAGACGAAAUCGACAGACUCAAGAAGAAGCUCAAGGCGAGCGACGCUGUGUGUGACCGCAGUGAGUGAAGGAAUGUGUGUGUCAUUCAUGUUUGUCAGGAGGCCGAGGAGGAGGGGCGCGUACCCGCCAGUGAGCUCGACAACGCCAACAAACAGGUCGAAGAUCUCAAGAGACGUGUGCAGCAGCUCGAGAGGGAAAGAGACGCGGCGGCAGCUGCCGCGGCCGCAGGGGUCAGCAAAUAUCACGGCGACGGAUACCCGUUGACUGCGUGUAUCGUUUCGUGUGUCAGCUGGGUGGAGAUGCGGAUGCGUUGGCGGCGGCGCGUAAGCAGAUUGAGGAUUUGAGGCAGGCGUGGGACGACGAGAACAGGGAGAAGGAGCAGCUCGCCAAGGAGGUGCAGCGGCUGCAGCGCGAGCUUGAGGACAGCAACGGCCAGACAGACGCCGCCAUGCUCGUCCGCGACGAGGUCACACUCGGACAUCCAGACACCACGCCUCUCUCUGCGCCUGAUGGAUGGAUGUGUGCCUCAUCGUUUCUUCUUCUGUUCAGGCCAUCAAGACGGCUCGUGAGCUGGAGGGCCUGCUGCAGGAGGUGGGCAAGCACACUCUGAAGGAGGGCGAGCUGAUCAAGAAACUCGAGGAGGCGGCCGACAAGAUAAACGACCUCGAAAAGGAAGCCAAAAGAGCCGAGGAGCUGGGCGGCCAGGUCCAGCAGCUCAGGGACGAACUCGGACGGCAGAAGGACCUCAGCAGACGAAACACCAAAGAGGCAGGCAGCUACACCAAAACACACUGAUCUCACUAUGCAUACGUGUGUUGUCCAUCCCUUCAUGCAGCUGGAGAAGAUCGUGCAGAAUCUGCAGGACGCCCAGCAGGAGUUCUUCGAGGGCCGCACCGACUACGGCGACGAGAUCCGCAACCUCAUGGACAAGCUCAAGGCGGCCGUCAAGGCCAUGGCCGACUACGAGGGCAAGAGCGACCGGGCCCAGGACCUCAUGCGUCAGAUGAGACAGCUCGAGCAGCAGAUCGAGGACCUCCCCAAACCUCCCACAGAAGUCGGCGACGUCGUGGCCUCGAGGGGAGGAGGAGCGCCGAGGGACUCGUACGUGACGGCUGCUGAGGGCGGGCCGAGCCGGGCAGCGAGUGUGGCACCGCCGGCAGGCCGACCGCUGAGGGGCAAGUCGUUUGUGGAUGAGGCGGGCGACACGAGCACAAUGGAGAUCCUCCUCGCACCGGGGGAAGAUGACCAGCUCACGCAACCCUUCCACCCUGACGAGCUGGCGUAAGCCAACGAACGGGACACAGCGUGAUACAAACCAAUUUGUGUGUUGGUGUGUUGGUGGGUUGGUGUGUGGUGUUUUGCCAGUGCGUUCCGCAAGUACGCGUGGAAGCCGCGUGGCCGCGAGCUGCCUGACCUCGAGAAGGUCCAGCUGACGCCCGAACAGGCCAAAACCAUCACCGCACAAGGUCAUUCGCGACGGAGAGGGAGGGGAAAGGACCAUUUUAUGCAGGGGCCAUGUGUGUACGUGUGCGGUGCGUGGGCAGGUGCUUUUUUCAUCAAGCUCGACAGCCAGUGGGACACCAAGUACACCACCACCAAGAGGCGAUGGUUCGUCCUCGACUUCAGCAACCCAAGUCAGUCAGAUAUACACAGCACGACAUCUACGCCUUCUCUGCCAUUCACACACAAUGGUGAUUGUCUCUGUCUUCCACAUCCAUCACAUCCAUCAGAUGUGUUCCUGACGUACUAUGAGAACCAAUUCGAUCCCGCAAAGGAGGAGCCCACGCCACUCGGGAACAUACCGUAAGUAACCACACAGACGGGCGACAGACACGCACAAGAGAGAGACGCAGACACAGGAGGAGAGACAUGAUCUGAUCCAUCUGGGUGUGGUGUGCAGGGAGACGGAUCUGCGCGACGCCUUCUACGAUGGCAAGAAGCUCAAGAUAUCCCUGGGCAGCGAGGACUCCGACAAGAUGCUCGAGCGCGUCCCGGCCAAGUACUUCCUCUCUCUCAUACUCUGCGUCAGGUGAGAGUGACGUGACCCACACGGGAAACAAAAGGUCAGCCAAUGAAAUGUGCGCGUGUGCAUGUGUGUGUGUGUGUGUGUGUGGCGCCAGGGAGAUCGAGAUGCUCAAGAUACUAAAGAGGAACAGACGAGGGGGCGUCAGCGCGUAGAUAGAUGCUGCUAUCUGCUGUCUGUCUGAUGAUAUUGUGGUUUGUGCCUUGACCGCUGUCUGUCGGUUGGUUUUGCCUGUCUGAUUGGGUGAGUGGUGGCCAGCUCUCUCAAAGUGGAGGGGCCAUCUAGAUAGAUAGAUUAGAGAAUAGAGGACUGUGUGCCGAUUGCUGCUGGACAUAUAGGCCCUGGAUGGC